AAAAAAAAAGAAAGGGAGCGACCGAACCGAGGGCGAGGGGACGCCGGAGCCCAGGGCCGGAGCGAGCCGGGCCGAGCGGGGGGCGGGAGACAGGAAACGGGACGGGAAGAGGUGGCCGCGGGGGGAGAGCACCUCCCCUUCGCCUCUAGCGAUCCCUUCCCCGUCGCCCCGCUCCCGCGUCCGGGCGCGACCGCCACCGCUGCCCGCCAGCAUGCCCGGCGUGGCCCGCCCGCCGCUGCCGCUGCUGCCGCUGCCGCUGCUACUGCUGCUGCUGCUCCCGCGCGCCGGGCGGCCGCUGGACUUGGCCGACUACACCUACGACCUGGGCGAGGAGGACGCCCCGGAGCUGCUCAACUACAAAGACCCCUGCAAGGCGGCCGCCUUUCUUGGGGACAUUGCCCUGGAUGAAGAGGACCUGAGGGCCUUCCGGGUGCAGCAGGCCACAGCUCUCAGACAGCAAACAGCUCGGUCAUCCAUCAAAGCUGCAGGAAACUCUUCUGCCCUGGGUGGCCAGAGCACCAGUGGGCAGCCACAGAGGGAAACCAGGGGCAGAUGGAGAGGCAGACCGCGGAGCAGGCGGGCAGCAACAUCGAGGCCUGAGCGAGUGUGGCCCGAUGGGGUCAUCCCCUUUGUUAUUGGAGGGAACUUCACUGGCAGCCAGAGGGCAGUCUUCCGGCAGGCCAUGAGACACUGGGAGAAACAUACCUGUGUCACCUUCUUGGAGCGCACCGAUGAGGACAGCUAUAUUGUAUUCACCUAUCGACCCUGCGGGUGCUGCUCCUACGUGGGUCGCCGUGGUGGGGGCCCCCAGGCCAUCUCCAUCGGCAAGAACUGUGACAAGUUUGGCAUCGUGGUCCAUGAGCUGGGCCAUGUCAUUGGCUUCUGGCACGAGCACACGCGGCCCGACCGGGACCGCCAUGUCUCUAUUGUACGCGAGAACAUACAGCCAGGGCAGGAGUAUAACUUCCUGAAGAUGGAGGUUCAGGAGGUAGAGUCUCUGGGAGAGACCUAUGACUUUGACAGCAUCAUGCACUAUGCUCGGAACACGUUCUCCAGGGGCAUCUUCCUGGACACCAUUGUUCCUAAGUAUGAGGUGAAUGGGGUGAAGCCUUCCAUCGGCCAAAGGACCAGACUCAGCAAGGGCGACAUCGCUCAGGCCCGGAAGCUCUACAAAUGCCCAGCCUGUGGCGAGACCCUUCAAGACAGCAAUGGCAACUUCUCCUCACCCGAGUUCCCCAACGGCUACUCUGCCCACAUGCACUGUGUAUGGCGCAUCUCAGUCACGCCUGGGGAGAAGAUCAUUCUGAACUUCACAUCCAUGGACCUGUACCGCAGCCGCCUAUGCUGGUAUGACUAUGUGGAGGUGCGUGACGGCUUCUGGAGGAAGGCGCCCCUCCGAGGCCGGUUCUGUGGGGGCAAACUCCCCGAGCCCAUUGUAUCUACUGACAGCCGCCUCUGGGUGGAAUUCCGAAGCAGCAGCAACUGGGUUGGAAAGGGCUUCUUUGCCGUCUAUGAAGCCAUCUGCGGUGGUGAUGUGAAAAAGGAUAAUGGCCAUAUCCAGUCACCCAAUUACCCAGACGAUUACCGGCCCAGCAAAGUCUGCAUCUGGCGGAUCCAAGUGUCUGAGGGUUUCCACGUGGGCCUCACGUUCCAGUCCUUUGAGAUCGAGCGUCAUGACAGCUGUGCCUAUGACUACCUGGAAGUACGGGAUGGGCACAGUGAGAGCAGCAACCUCAUUGGGCGCUACUGUGGCUACGAGAAACCUGAUGACAUCAAAAGCACAUCUAGCCGGCUCUGGCUCAAGUUCGUCUCCGAUGGGUCCAUUAACAAAGCUGGCUUCGCUGUCAACUUUUUCAAAGAGGUGGACGAGUGCUCGAGGCCCAACCGCGGGGGCUGUGAGCAACGGUGCCUGAACACCCUGGGCAGCUACAAGUGCAGCUGUGACCCCGGGUAUGAGCUGGCCCCAGACAAGCGUCGAUGUGAGGCUGCCUGUGGUGGAUUCCUCACCAAGCUCAAUGGCUCCAUCACCAGUCCCGGCUGGCCCAAAGAGUACCCUCCCAACAAGAACUGCAUCUGGCAGUUGGUGGCCCCCACCCAGUACCGUAUCUCUCUACAAUUUGACUUCUUCGAGACUGAGGGCAAUGACGUUUGCAAGUAUGACUUCGUGGAGGUGCGCAGUGGACUCACGGCUGAUUCUAAGCUUCACGGCAAGUUCUGUGGCUCUGAGAAGCCCGAGGUCAUCACUUCCCAGUACAACAAUAUGCGUGUGGAGUUCAAGUCUGACAAUACUGUGUCCAAAAAGGGCUUCAAGGCCCACUUCUUCUCAGACAAGGACGAGUGCUCCAAGGACAAUGGUGGCUGCCAGCAAGACUGUGUGAACACGUUCGGCAGCUACGAGUGUCAAUGUCGAAGUGGCUUCGUCCUUCAUGACAAUAAGCAUGACUGCAAAGAAGCCGGCUGUGAACACAAGGUGACCUCUACCAGUGGCACCAUCACCAGUCCCAACUGGCCUGACAAGUACCCCAGCAAGAAGGAGUGUACGUGGGCUAUCUCCAGCACCCCUGGGCAUCGGGUAAAGCUGACCUUCAUGGAGAUGGAUAUUGAGUCUCAGCCUGAGUGCGCUUAUGACCACCUGGAGGUAUUUGAUGGGCGUGAUGCCAAGGCUCCAGUCCUUGCCCGAUUCUGUGGCAGUAAGAAGCCUGAGCCUGUCCUGGCUACAGGCAGCCGCAUGUUCUUGCGUUUCUACUCAGACAACUCAGUGCAGAGGAAAGGCUUCCAGGCAUCCCACUCCACAGAGUGUGGGGGCCAGGUGCGGGCAGAUGUGAAGACCAAAGACCUUUAUUCCCAUGCCCAAUUUGGUGAUAACAACUACCCUGGAGGGGUGGACUGUGAGUGGGUCAUUGUGGCUGAGGAAGGCUAUGGUGUGGAGUUGGUGUUCCAGACCUUCGAGGUGGAGGAGGAGACCGACUGUGGCUAUGACUACAUGGAACUCUUCGAUGGCUAUGACAGCACAGCUCCUAGACUUGGGCGCUACUGCGGCUCUGGGCCUCCUGAGGAAGUGUACUCGGCCGGAGACUCUGUCCUGGUGAAGUUCCACUCUGAUGACACCAUCUCCAAGAAAGGUUUCCACCUGCGCUACACAAGCACCAAGUUCCAGGACACACUCCAUAGCAGGAAGUGACUGCCCCUGCUUGGUAGCAGGAACUGGAGUCCUGCUUCCCUUGGUCACCCAGACUGGACAAUGGGGGGUGACAGGUAGAUGGUGACACAUUGUCCCUCACCCCCAGGCACCAAGACCUACAGGGCCAAGGGGACAGGUGUCAUCAGGAGGUAGGGGAAUUGGACUUCUUCUAAGCCUGUUCCCUACAGCCUCCCACCAGAGAGGCCAGAGAACCAGAGCUUUCACCAAGACACUUGAAGUGACCAUUCCUCCUUGGGGCCCUGCCUGGGGCAAGACAGUCUCUGUGCAGGACCCUGCUGCCUUCCCUGCCGUCUCUACACACUGUAUUGUGUAUAGCCGGUGGUCCUAAUCUUCAUUGUAACGUACAUUUCAUGCCCCUUCUCCAGCCUCAGUUUGGUUUUAUUUUGACUCCCCAUUUCCAGGCCUCCUGGGGUGCAAUAUCUGUGGCUAUCCCCUUGGAGCUAUGGUGGGGAGUUGGAGAAGAGGGAGCGGAUAAAUAAGACAGGGCUUCUCUUAGGCCCACUGGCUCAUCAGCCACACCAGGGCACCCCAGCCAAUAAACAGAAAGUGUUACAGCCAA